CUCUUGUUUCCUAGUGUGUGCAAGUGGAGCUAGUUGUAAUACGUAUGUGUGUGUAACUCGGCCGUGUUUAACGGUAGCCAUGUUGUCCACUUGUUAAGUUAUGUUAGAUGUCAGUCGACCGAGUUAAAUCUGAACGGACACUAUUAAGUCGGUGUGAACCAUGAACAACUACACGCAAGAAUCGGACAACCAUUCGACACAAGUCACCAACGACGAAGGCUAUAGUCUGUACCAGGCAGCACAGCGGCAGGCUUUACCUGAUAUCGGACUGAUAUGUGGCCUGCCUAUACAGAGACUUGUCCACAACAACGCUGUAGCCCUCGGCUGUCCUGAUGACCACAUAUUUCUCCCAUUCCUCUCUUGUUGUGCAGCGUUGAUGGGGAACAAGACGUGCAUCAAAGUAAAUGAAACAUGGACAGAGCCGCCGAUUGUAUGGACCAUGGUUGGGGCCGGCUCAGGUACCAAGAAGACGGCGGCUCUAAAGCUGGUCAUGGCGCCAUUGAUAGAAAUUCAACGUGAACAGACCCGUCAGUGGCAUCUCUCUCGCCCAACUUCAUCAAGUUAUAACAGCCAGUCGUCUGCUCCCCAGAUUCUGGCGGGAGCGAUGGGGAUGCAAUCAUUGGACGAUGUUCUUGACAAAAAUGAGGGUCAAAUUUUAAGCAUUCUAGAAAAUAUAAAACAUUUACACAAAUGUCUAGAUAUCGAUUCUGAGGAGGCACAACAGAAAGUGUUUGAACUUUAUGACGGUGCGCCAAAGUUCAGUGUUUCCUCUGGGGACGUGCACAUCCUAGAAUCAACCUGUUAUAAUCAUACCGGGUUUGCAACACCUGAUUACAUUAUGGACAUGCAUAGCAGUAGGUUGGUGGAAAUAGCAAGUAGGUGUUUAGUGUCAUGUUCACCAGACCGGGAUUAUCCACCGAUGGCGAGCUCGCACCCUUUGCCGUUAGAUACACCAUCGUUUAAAUCAAUCUUUCAAACCUUGCACACUUACCAUUUACAACAAAGGAAGUAUUCGUUCUCAACAGAGGCGUGGAAAGAGCUGUCCAGUUGUCAUGACAACGAGUGGAUAAGUAUGAUGUCCCAGUUAGACCAUGACAAGAACAAACGGAUUGUCAUUGAAAAGUCCUUGGGACAAAUCGUACGCGUGGCGGGUAUUCUAAAGGCACUUGUGAACGCCUUUAGGUUCUCCAAACAACAGGCCGAAAACAAGGUGUUCCAGUGGGAUUUGACAGUAGACAGAGAUACUCUCUGUCGUGCCAUAGAUCUAUGUAAGUAUUUUGUGGACCAGAAACUCACGUUGAUGCUCGGCUCCGGUGCUAGUUUUGGGAUGUGUAACUAUUCCGGAAGUAGCGGGAAGAAGUGGGUUAAUGUAAAAGAUGCUCUGCGUCAGCUUCAGCAACCAAAACUUCACCAACAGCUGAACCACAACCAGCAACAGCACAUUCUUCACCAGCAGCAGCAGCAGCAACAACAACAACAACAACAACAACAACAACAACAGCAGCAGCAGCAACAACAACAACAACAACAGAGAAUGCACCAUUCGAACCAGAUCAUAUACUUAUCUGAAAAUUCCAACGUGUCGGCGUCAACGUCCGAAGAUUGGGCCGACCAGCCGCUCACAGAGGACUUAGGACAGGAGGAGACGCAAACAGCGGAUUUCGUCGUCAUGGACAAACAGAUGUUUGUAUCAGUGCAUGCAAAACGAAUUAAACGACUUCUAGAAUGUUUCGAUGACGGGCAUGGUGUUUCGGCCACAACCGCUUCACAAAAGUCCAUUACUCCCCCCGUCAAACUCCAAGGUACUAACAAUAGACAUCCAGUAUGGGCGUCCGCGCUCUUCUUCCAGAAAUGUCAGGAACUUGGACUUGGAAGUGCUGAGCAGGUUAAACAUCCCACGAACAGGAAAUUUUACUGGCGCUUCAAAAGAAAACCUGUAUCGGAUAUUGGCGAAAAACUUCAACAGCUGUUAACAUUUCUCCGUGUAGAUAUGACUCAGUAUUGUAAAAUCGGUCCUCGGCCUCCAACAAUUCCUCCUGUCUCCCCCACCAUGCUCUUCCACACCCCAGGAGACGUGUCUGUCGACUUCUCGGAAACGACAGACACUACAAGUAAUGGUGAUACGGCUAACGACCCUAUGGAAUCGUUAGAGGGCGAAAUACAAAUCGUGGUGAAGGAUGAACCAUUGUAGACACUAUCCUUAUUACAUUGAAAAUAUGUUGUUGUAGACAAAGUUGUUAUAAUUUUUUUUUUUAAUUGGAUGGGAGUACAUGUUUCGUUGCUAACAGUUCCUUCCUUCAAAACUGGGAAGCAUAUCGUGAGCGCAUGUGUCCCAAAGUUGUUAAUUACGUCAAGGUUGUAUAAACGAUAAAGACAAAAUAAAAAAGUUCAUUUUCAACAG